AUGCUGGGUCGACGCCUCAAGUUGCGCUUUGCGCGUCCUCUGCGGGCCAUCCGCCGCACCUUGCCUCCGGUCAAUUUCAUCACUUUACAUUAUGCAUACUUCAUAUUUACCUGUCUUCUGGCUGCUGUUGUUUUCUGGGGCUCUUCUACUGCCACCCAUGUUGACUUCAUCGAUGCUCUGUUCCUGUGUGUCAGUGCCAUGACUGAAGCUGGCUUGAACACUGUCAAUCUCAGCGAACUUAACAUAUGGCAGCAAGUUAUGCUCUUUGGCCUCAUCUUCAUCGGCUCUGCCAUCUUCGUAUCCAAUUUUGUCCUUCAGGUCAGAAGAAGGGCUUUCGAAAGGAAGUUCAUGAGUGUUAUCGAAAGCAGAGCCCGGAAGCAGCGACGAAACUCUUCACGAGGAUCGGCCUUCUCAAUGUCUAGACUCUCAAUAAGCAGGUCCCGCGAGAACCAAAAUCCGGCCCUGUGCUUGGACAAGCAGAAUACUCCCACAGACAUGAAAGACGCCGAAACCUCCAACAAAAGGGGUCGUGCAUCAAUCAGCAAGAACUCUCUCCGCUUGAGCACGAGUAAAGGUACAGAUGGAGCUACUGAUGAACCCCGUGCUUCUGGAGACGACCUGAACGAUGCUACUUCCCCGGAUCGUAUCACUUUCAGCCCCGAGACUGUGUUUCGGCCUCAAAAGCCUCAAGAUCAGACCUCGCCCACGAAACCAAGACAACGUGUGUUCUCUGUAUCGGGCGUAGGUGCCAGGUCUGAAGCAAGCCUCCACCGUGUGACGUCUGUGUCACGGGCAUCCAUUGCUGAGGAGGUUCCUAUCGGUAAUAAAUCCACCGCUGACUAUUUUCCUUCUGCUGGCUAUAUUUCUCGCAACUCUACGUUCCACAACUUGACCGAAGCCGAACGUCAAAAGCUUGGCGGUGUCGAGUACAAAGCAUUGUUAUGGCUCUCCUGGAUCGUGCCGCUAUACCUCGUCCUGUGGCAACUGCUUGGAGCUUUGGGCUGUGCUGCUUGGGUCGCUUUCAAUCGACCGGACACCGCGCGGGCUAAUGGCUUGAAUCCAUGGUGGGUGGGCGCAUUCAAUGCCAUCUCUGCCUUCAACAACUCAGGUAUGAGUCUGCUGGACGCCAACAUGGUGGCUUUCCAGACAUCGUACUACCUCCUCCUCACCAUGGGAUUGAUGAUCCUUGCUGGAAACACAUGUUACCCGAUCUUCCUCCGCCUGAUUGUAUGGACAAUCUACAAGCUUCUGCCCAAGACGGCCAGGUUUGACGAUCAUAGAAUCACUCUUCGUUUCCUACUUGAUCAUCCGCGACGCUGUUACACCAACCUGUUUCCAUCGGAGCAUACGUGGUGGCUCGCUUUUGCCGUCUUUGUCCUUAAUGGCGUCGACUGGGCCGCCUUCGAGAUUCUGAACAUCGGUAACCGUGUACUGAACGAUGCCAUCCCCAUCCACAUCCGCGUACUAGACGGUCUCUUCCAAGCCUUUGCCGUCCGUUCUGGAGGGUUCUACGUCGUCUCAAUUCCUACAGUUCGCGUCUCACUUCAAGUGCUCUAUGUCAUCAUGAUGUACAUUUCGGUCUACCCCGUUGUCAUCACCAUGCGCAACAGCAAUGUCUACGAAGAGCGAAGCCUAGGCGUCUACGAUCAUAAUGACCCAGACAACCUGUCUGAGGCCUCGAAAGAUCCUAACAGCAUUUACAGCAAGUUCCGCGGUAUCAAGAAACAAUUCGCCUCAGGAUUUGGAGGGUUGAGCGAGGGCAAAAGCUAUUUUUUGCAGCAGCAAUUAAGAGCUCAGCUUGCACAUGAUGCUUGGUGGAUUGUCUUCGCUGUCUUCCUUAUCAUGAUCAUUGAAGGCGGACAGUUUGAACGUGAUGCGAAAACCUUCUCCGUCUUCAAUGUCAUCUUUGAAGUUGUUUCCGGCUAUGGCACAGUCGGUAUAAGCGUCGGUGUUCCCGACAAUGCGUACUCCUUCGCAGGCUCAUGGCACACAUUGAGUAAGUUGAUUCUCUGCGCAGUCAUGCUCAGGGGAAGACAUAGAGGAUUGCCCAUCGCCAUCGAUCGUGCCGUAUUGCUACCAGACGAGAGACAGGAUCUGGCCGAGGAAGAGGACGCAGCUAUCAGAAUGGAGAGGGCCGUCAGUAGACACACCACAACUGGAGAUGCGGUUUGA